AUGGAGACGCUCGCGACGGCUUUAGGCGUUGAAGAGGCGGAUAAGAGCGAUGUAAAAAGUUUGUUGAAGCUUGUACGUGAUCAUCAGCGUCAGCAUGAAGACUGCACGUACGACUCUAGGACGACCGCCGCUAUCCGUAUAUGCAAGGCGAUGCUGACCAAGCUGCGGAAAGUACUGCCUAUGCUCAUGCGUCCCGUGGCGACGCUACCGACGGAGAAGGCUGUGCCUAUGCUUCUUGAUCUGUGUCAGCUACUGACACUUAUACUCGGUGGUGGAGUGUGUCCACACUCGAUGACGCUCUUCAUGGAGAGUAAUACUGGAACAGCACGUGGAGAAAACUCGACGUCGUCAGGCUUUCCAUCGUACCCGACAAUGUCAACGAUGAUGUUUUAUAUGGUAUCAUUUUAUACGAAUGAAAAACUGCGACAGGCACAGCGAGAUGUUCGUAAGGUGACGCUGCAGAUGGUAUUGUUCUUGCAAAGAAACGACGUCUACGGGUUCAUUCAUUUCUUUCGUGAUACAGUGCAGUUAUUGGAGGAUUGUUUUUUGCUCAAGGAAUCACUAAAGAACAGAAAUGUAACAACUGUUAUACCUACUGGAGCAACCAUCGUGUGUUAUCUUGAUACAGCGAUUCACGUGUAUCAAGACGCAGUUGGACCGCUGGGUGCAAAAAGUAAUGUCACACUUUGUGGCUGCAUGCCGAUUAAUGAUAUGACUCAGCUGUGCGAACGUAGGGAGCAAUUAAAGCAAAUGCUGCCGUCUAUUCAUGUCAGCUCGUAUGAAAUGGUUGUCACUCUCCAGCAAUCUGUGAUUGUUCUGGUGGAUCGGAUCAUUUGUCAACAUAGUGGAAUGCUGGAAAAGGACCCAUUUUUUGAUAGAUUGUGUCAACUAUCAAAGCUUUUUAUCACUGAAAAUAAUGCACUUGUGAAGAGCACCGAUGGGACGGAUGAGGACAGUGCACCAUCAAAUAAGAACGCGAAUGAGACCGCUCAAUGCACGCUUCGACUGCUGUACACGAUGCUGCAGACAAGCGUUCCCACAGAAAGACGAUUUGUACGCCUGACCCUAGCGUUCUUGAAGUCUAGCUUUCUUCACAAAACCAACCCGCAAAUGUUGAAAGCAUGCGCUCCUAUUCUUGAACUGCUUGGCAAUACUUACCUUUGUCUCUCUACUUUUGCCACCGAUGCUGUGUGGCCACAUUUCGAGUUAUGGGUGUCUGAAAAUAUACAUCUCGUUCGAUGUACUGAUGACGAAAGCAGAAACUGGGUGGAAACGAUUUGGAUGUCGGUGUUUUCGAUUUUGCGAGUGUACACUCGUCAAUCCAAUAGUUCGCCUGCUGCGUCAUUAUUUGUAAAUUUACUGGAGUAUCUUUUUGACAUCAAAGUAUCCAAUCCAGCACUCAUUUCGAGCGUCGUCGAUGGCAUCCACCAUAUAUUGUCGACAAAGGAAAUGCUGACGAAAGUAUUUCGCUCUAUAUCUAAGGAGCUAGUGAGCAAAGGGCUUGAUAGGGCAGCAAAUUCAAGUCAAUGUGUCAAUACAACAAGGAAGCGAAAACGAAAAGAAAUGUCUUUGUGUAGGCAAAGACAGCCUUUGGAUUUGAAUCUCGAGAAUAACACCAAGAUGCACGAUAAGCUAGGCCAAUGGAUUCUGGACCUCAUUACGAUCGGGAGUAAUGAUCGAAAAAGUCUAGUCGCGAUCACUACUAGUUUGCGAGUAAUUUUGCCGCUCCGUCGCUAUAUUCUUGUCUUUCUUCGGUUAGAAAGCUUUGCCAUCUUUCGAGCUCUACUUCAGCGUGUUGACUUGAUUUUGAAUACCUAUGCACCUUCGGUUACCUCUCUUACGAGUGAAUACCUGGACUUAUGGAUCAUCCUGCUGCGGUAUUUUGAUGACCAUGAGCUUGAAAAAUACCGUGACCUGCUGAACAAAGUAAUUGAAAGUGUGGAGACUCAAGAGAUUGAACUCGACAAGGAUUUUGUUGUGCCAGACUGCUGGGAGUAUCUGGCGUUCUUAGAGUUGUAUCAGAGGUGUCCCAAAUGCCACGACAUGUCUCCAUCCGAGAGACUAAGCGAAGUGUCGUACGAUUACCUCAGUAGUGCAGAUGCUGUACUCGAUGGCAUUUUCAGGAAACCGACGGCCCUCCACGGUCCAUUCUUUGUAUACUUCGUGUGGUCACGUCCUGCGAUGCUCAAUAUUGAUGAUGAGGAUUCCUGGCGAAACGCCCUCCCAUGGAAAGUUUUAUACCGGGCUAUAUUGCAAGAAACAUCACAUGAUGUGGCAGUGCGCUACUAUCUUGCGAUGUCUCCACUGCUAGCCUUCUUUGUCGUGGCUGGCUCGCUAACGUCUCCGAAAAAGAUGGCAACGUGCAUCAUGGAAGCUUUUAGCGGCAAGAUUCAACGCAUUGAAUCAAAUAUGGUUUUAUCAGCCAUUACACAAUCGUGUGCGGCAGUACUGUGCGCAACAGCAUACGGUCAAGCGUCCGCUGAUAGGAUAGACUAUCGCAGCGACAGAAAACAUAAUGAUGUCCGUUCACACCUGAAGAGUUGUCAGUGUCGAAAGAUCACUAACAGCUUCCAAGUGCUGCCAAUUCCACUAGCAUUGUUUGAACCGAUUCUGUGUGGUGAGACAAACUCCGCUGUUGAAAGCAUGCAAGUAAUAAAAAUUAAUGCGCUGUCGAGUGUGCUCGAGCAUUGUGAAGUCGACUACAAAAAAGACCAGACUGCCAUGCGAUUCGUGGAGUACCUUCUGACCUGCUUUGCGGGUCCAUCUGAACUCGCUCGUCAAGCAGUACUGGAAGCAGCUGUUGAUCAGCCGCGUCUUCUUGAUGCGAUGAUUGACCCGGUAAAGGAAGGCCUUGUUGGACUGAUGGAACAUUUGGAGGCAAUUAUGACAGCGGCAGAAGACAACUGUAAUGACAGUGUUGUCACAGCAAUAAUGCUGACGUCAGGUACUAUUGGCUGUCAAUGUGAAUUGCAACAAGAGGAUCGUGGGGAGAAUUGCAUGUGGAUUCUAUUACGCUUGGUGUCUCUGUGGAAUCGGUUUCAUAUUGCGCAUCGUGAGCGACUCGCUGUGGUGGCUUACGACCAGAUUUGCCGUAUCACUGCACACCAUCAGGUAUCGUGGAGACGAUUAUGCAUUGAGUAUCCUGACUUGCUUUACUUCCCCCUCGUCGAUGAACUGCUGGAAACUGAGACACUCAAGCUGUUUCUCUGCACGUUCAUGGGCGGAAAGGUUGCUCCAAAAAUUUUCUUGCGCGAGAGUGCACCGUACGUUCUUCCACAUUACGUUGUCCACCAAAAUGAACAAAUGCUGCAUGCUUUUCUUGACGAAUUCAACGGACAGAGGAAUGACGUUUUAAUGGCCGAUAAUGCUGCAGUAGGUGAAGCCCCGAUGAGCCUUACUAACCUUCUUCUGAAUCACGUUGACUAUGUGCUAAAAGACCUGAUUAUUCAUCAGGUGCAAGCAGUCUCGAACCAGAACCGCUUGGCAGAAUGGGAGUUUUUGUUUAAAUUCUUGCCGGAAAACUCUACCGUUCGUGAUGUGAUCAUGCAUUCACCACUGCGGUUGAUGAGCUUGUUGGCGUGGGAGCUUGGUGGGCCUCAAUCUCGCAUGGCUAAGCGCGCGAUACGAGAGGUGGCAAACUAUUUGCGUGAAGAUUCACUUGAGGUCGAGGUACAAAAUGCAAGUCUAUUACAGCUAGGGGAAGGGUGUAUGCCUCGCCAGUAUUUUCUCGCGCUCAUGACGGACCUAGGCAAUCGAAUGAACGGCACAAAAUCGACGGGCACGAAGAUUCGGGCCAUUAAAAGCAUUGACCGACUGCUCGAAAUUUUCAGCGGUUCCUCUGUAGAUUCUGGUAGCAUUCAAAGUCAUGGAGUUGUCGAUUCUUUUGUUCCUAAAGUGAUGGCAACUCUUAAGAUCGGUCUUACGGAACGUGAGUUACAAGUGCAUGCAAUUCAUGCAUGGGGACAUUUUUUGCGAAUGCUGUCAUCUAAAGCUUUGGAGUCAAACUUGAGCUCUAUCGUUGUUAGCUUACUUCCGUGUCUCGGCCACAAGACAUCAGCAAUUUUGGUUGAAGGUAAUUCCGGUAGUGGUAGCCAAAGCUGGAAUCUCGAGUCUCUUGAGCGUGUGAAACAUGACGUUUGUGCACAAGUCAUAUCGCUUGAUGGAGUUCAACCUAAGUGUAUGGUGGCAGCCGUAGACAUUCUGCGGUAUUUGUUCAUUGAGAAGCAAACUGAAUUGAAGCAUGCAUUUCCAACGAUCCCGUUGCUACCUUCUAUUCCAGAACUGGAUGAAAUUUACGUAGCGCUUUAUGAGGAAGACGGAGAUCCAAGAUGUCGGCCUUUAAGCGACUAUUUGAUGAACUUGUCGGCCUAUGCCAAUCAUCUUGAUGUAGCAGUACGUGAAAUGGCCCUGACGCAGCUAUUGCGAUGUCUGGUUGUACGUGGUGCUGAGUUAGAGGUGCUAAUGCAGAAUGAAGGAAGCAUAUUUAUUGAUAGAGCGGUUGCUAGCGUGGUACAGUCAGUGUUGCGGGUUUCGCGCGAAGAAAGUCAUGAAUCCAUAAAACUUCUUUGCGCUCGCUGCUUGGGAGCCUUGGGCGCAAUUGAUAGUGCCCGCGUGCCGUUAAAUAUGUUCUACACUGCUGGUGGGCCUCAGCGAGGCACUGCAGUCACUAAAGAGAAGGUAUGCAAAAAAAUGGAACACUCGACGAAGGACUUAGCGUGUGUUCUCAUUGAGACAUGGUUGGUGAAGGAACUUCGCGCAGCACCUGAGAAUAUGGACUCGUUGGCAUUUGCAAUUCAAGAGCUGCUGAAAUUUUUAGCCGAACUGACAGCUGAUCCACAGCAAAGCGGUUUGAGUUUAGCAUCAACUAGAAAUUUUGGUUCAUCAUUCAAGUCACGACAAGACCCUAAUGCUCCUAUGCCAGAAUGGAUGAAAAGGCGAUUUGAGCGAAAAGAUGUGCUUCAGUUUGUUGAGCCAUAUUGGUCAACAAAUUACUCUGUUUCAGGUAGCCGGUCUUCGCGUCGCAGCAAUGAAAGCGGCUCUGACCGUCGAUUACUCGCAAGCGCUGACCGAAGCCUGCGCCCUGCACAGGAUGGUUACUCUUUUUUUGAGAAAUAUGGCACAUCGUAUGAAGAAUGGCUGUUGAUGUGGGUUCGCCGAUUAAUUCAUCUUUCUCAGCCGCCAGAACGAAAGAUUUUCUGGGCGUGCGAAACUGCGCUCGCUACAUGCCCUCAAAUAUCCCGAUUUUUGCUGCCUUACCUUUUUCAGAAUGUGCUUCAGUCUGGCAGAUCUGAAGUCGGUGAGGAACUUAAGAAGGAAGUCAUGGCGGUGUUAGAUGGUCAGGAUUGUGGGAUUUUGAUGGACGAUUUCUUGGCAGCUCCGCAUGAAUCAGACCAUUCGAAUGACUCAAUCAGCACCGGUGGCGUCGAUUUUAAAAAAUCAAUUGGUGAUUAUUUCUAUCGUCAUGAUCAAUGCUCCCAGACCAUUUUCUCUACAAUCGAUGAGCUGAAUGAAUGGGUUUGGACAAGCGAAAAGAAGCGGCUUGCGCUCAGCAGUAGUGCUGCGAGUCGUCAAACGUCUGCUUCUGGCCGAAGCGAUUUGCCUUCAGAGAUCGAUGAUCAAGAGAAGGAUUACUUGGACGAGUUUUUGAAAGAUAUUCCAAGUCGAUCACUGUCAAGAGCGGCAUAUAAAAUUAAAGCCUAUGCUCGGGCUAUUCAAUAUUUUGAAGUUUACCUCCGGCAGCAAGAAUUCACGUCGGCUGAAGGAAGAGACAGCAGUUUUGAAAUUGCUGGCCCCGUUCAUCUUUCUUUGAUAUCAAAAAAUGCCUUUUAUCUUCAGCAGCUAUACAAGAGUGUGGACGAACCAGACGCGCUUAUCGGUUUAGCCUCGUUACGUCGCUUUCACGACGCAUACCGGCACAAUGGUUCCGGAGCUAGCCUGAAAGGUGUAACCCAAGAGGAGGGAUUGAACCUAACUGACUUGAUGCAUCAAAUUGUCGACCACGAGCAGCUUGCUCAAUGGGAAGAUGCACUCGCUUGCUAUGAGCAAGCAAUUCAAGAAAUUCAGUCUGCUUUGUCGUCGAGAUCGCUGCCCGCUAGCAGACCAGACUACAGCCAGCUUGCGAUGAUGCAGCCUUCUGUACAGAUUUCGGACGCAGAUGCACACAAAGAUCCGGAUAUGAUAAAGCCUGAGCUGUAUUCAGGAAUGAUUGGUUGCCUCAUUCAACUAGGGCGCCUUGAAAGUGCUUUGCAGCAUAUCAACGGCAUUGUAACACAAGAACCGCAGUUCAUGGCAACGAUGUAUCCUUUUGCUCUGGAAUGCUCUUGGCGGCUAUCUCGAUGGGAGCUACUUUCAGAACUGCUGAGCGCUGAAAAGAAAAAUCCGCUACUUCACUCUUCGGCUACCUCAUUUGAUGGUUCAGCUAGCACUCGGCUGAAAGGGUUUGAUGUCUCGCAGCUAAUGCUUGUCCGUGUGCUGCAUAGCUUACAUGGUGGCCAGCAAGAAGAAUUUCAGCGUCACUUAAAAGCAGCACGACUAGAAGUGAUGGGCCCUCUCGCAGCGGCGUCUGCUGAGUCAUACCAACGCGCGUAUCCCCUGCUUCAUGAUCUUCAUUUUUUGCACGAGGCUGAGCAGGGUUUCAUAUUUUUGCACACAGCGAGGCAAUAUGAUGAUCUUGGACGUCGCAGUCUUCUUUGGAAUAAGCAAACUCCUUGGAAAAUGCGCUAUGAUGCGAUGGCAACGCAACUCAAGUACCGGGAUCCGAUACUGGCACUCCGUCGGGUAAUUUUGCACGAGGCAGGGCUUCGAAACGAAGUAUCCGAGAACUGGCUAUUGUACGCAAAGUUGACAAGAAAGGAGGGAUUUAUUCGCACAGCCACAAGUGCGGUAAUGCAUGCCGAAGCACUGGACAAUCAGUACGCGCUGAUAGAAAAGGCCAAGCUACUUGUGAGUCAGGAUCGGAUGUAUGAAGCAUUGCAAAUUCUUGAGCCUGUGGAUAUCGACGCAUCUACGUUGGAUUUUGAUGUCGAAGACUCUCGUUUCUGCGCAAAGAACCUGCUCUUGGCGACCAACUGGAUGCAAGAGUCAGGCCAGCGGCAAGGCAAAAAGGUGGUUGAGCGAUAUCAAGCAGUUAUUCGCUUUGAUCCGACUUGGGAGAAAGGAUACUUUUUCCUAGCAAAAUACUACGAGUAUUUGUUGAGUGUAAGCCACCCUGACGCUCUGACUGGGUCAAUGGGUAGUGAUGAGGUGGCUAAUCUUUUGGUGGAUUCGGCGUUUCACACUCAAUUGAUCAACUUGAUGAAAAAUUAUGUGCUGGCACUGGCACAUGGAACAAAGUUUGUGUUUCAAUCGCUUCCGCGGCUGUUAACACUAUGGUUUGAGUAUGGUGAAGUACUUUAUGCCGGUACGAAUGGGCGAACAGGAAACAAAGCGAAUAAAGUGCUGCGGCAGAUCGAGAUCGGAUUGAGUCAGUGCACUACUGAACAGAAGGUUCUCGAUGAUAUCACAAACGUUGUGAAUGAAGCCACUGAAUCUUUGCCUGCGUAUGAGUGGCUUGUGUGCUUCCCACAAGUGACGUCACGCAUUUGCCACCCCAAUCCGAUUGUAGUUGAUGGUGUCAAGAAGAUCAUGUUUCGCGUGCUCACGGCUUACCCAACACAGGCGAUGUGGCCUUUGCUGGGUCUCUCGCGAUCGUUGAAUCCGCAGCGUCGAAAUCGUGCGCGUGAAAUUAUUUCAACUACACAGCAAGAAUUUCUUUCAAAGGGUCUGAAGGAAACUGCCGAUAGCUUUUCCGAGGGUAUGCGAAUGGCUGAAGAGCUUAUUAGCCUUGCUGCUCAUGACCCCGGAAACAAUCAACGUAAGAUUCACAUUCGGCUUAGCCGGAUCCGGACCAGAAUUCUAGUGCCGAUCCAAAUGGCUUUGACCACAAUCUUGCCGACAGCUGGACUUGCCCCUCGCGAUGAAUUUCAUGUUGCCUUCUCGCCAAACGCGCAAAUUUACAUAAAGGCUUUUAGCGACAAAGCGGAUGUGAUGAUGACCAAGGAGAAGCCGAAACGCAUCGAAAUUCUGGGCACCGAUGGUCAGUUAUAUCCGUUUUUGUGCAAGCGUGAAAAGACUGGCGACCUCCGCAAAGAUGCGCGCAUGAUGGAGUUUAACUCAAUGAUUAACAAACUCCUUCAAAAGGAUCGAGAAGGUCGUAAGCGCAAGCUCCGUUUGCGUACAUACGCCGUGGUGUGUCUGAAUGAAGAGAGUGGGUUAAUGGAGUGGGUAAGACAUACGAAGGCCAUGCGUCAGCUCAUCGGCCAAAUCCACAAAACUGAACGUGGCUACAUACAACCUGUUCGACUGACACACGAAAUCAAGGAGCGGUAUCUGAGUAUGCAGAAGAAGUUUGCAAAUGACCCUUCAGCGAUGGCACAGUACUAUCGUCGCAAGGUGCUAUCCUUGCCGGUUUUCACGCCCAGAUUUCACCAGUGGUUUUACAACAACUUUGCCGACCCGACUGCAUGGUUCGAGGCUCGGCUUGCAUUUUCACGAUCAGCAGCCGUAUGGUCCAUGGUAGGGCAUAUCGUAGGCCUUGGUGAUCGUCACGGUGAGAACAUUUUGAUAGACUGUACCAACGGUGAGUGCGUGCACGUGGACUUCGACUGCCUUUUUGAUAAGGGACUCAAGCUGGCGAAACCCGAAAUUGUGCCAUUUCGUUUGACACCAAAUAUCAUUGAUGCUUUUGGAAUAACGGGGUACGAGGGUGUUUUUCGUUGCGUUAGCGAGGUGACGAUGCAGUUGCUUCGAGACAACAAGGAAACGCUGCGAAGCGUGCUGGAAUCGUUCAUCCACGAUCCGCUAGUGGAGUGGGGUCGUCGCGGCAAAGCCGCUCAAAGCAGUAGUGGCUCAGGAAAAAGCAUUGCCGAAAUCUCUAGUGAGCGCAGCAAAAUGGAAACACGACUUGUUCUAAAGGCUAUCGACGAUCGACUGCGCGGCAUUUACAACCUGGGCGAUGCCAUCCGUCCAUUUGUAUCAGCAGCGCAUCGAAGCAUCUUACCAGAGACUGAAACGUUGCCAUUGUCCGUGCAGGGCCAAGUCGAGAAGCUUAUCUAUGAGGCCACCUCGCACGAAAACCUCGCUCAAAUGUACAUUGGAUGGAUGCCAUUCUUGUAG